AGCAUCCGAGCAUCGCGGGUCCCCUCGGUUCGGCCGCUCCGUUCUGCUCCUCCCGGCCCGGUUCUGGGCUGCCCGGCCCUGGGGGCACCUGCCCGGCUGCGGGACGGCCCCCCCGGGCUGGGGGCGGGCAGGGGCUCCCCUCGCUCCAUUCUCCUCCCUCCCCGCAUCCGCAGGUGCCGCCCGGAGCAGCGGAGGUGCCGCCGGCUCCGGCCGAGGGGUUCGGAUCGGGCAGAUGCAGUAAAGUGGGGAGAAGGAUUCAUAUGUAGAACUACAGCCUGACCAUGCACUGAUGAGGAAACAGCCCCAUGUACUGACUCCCACUCUCACAUCCCUGUGCCUGAUUUGAAGUGACAGUGAGCAGAAGCAUAAGGUAUCUCUCAUUCUGUUUGGACUCCUUGUUUACAGAAGAGUGAUGGAGAUGCUAUUAAGCUCAAAAGGCAUCACCAUAUGCCUGUUUUUCUUUGUAUUGAGUUUGGCAGCAGCUAUUGAAAUACCAUUAUCAGUUUCCCAGCUUCCAACAAUCACAGAGCAAUCCCACACCCAGGUUGCCUACCCCUUUGAUGAGGAUUUCACCAUUAAAUGUGAAGCCAGAGGAAACCCCCAGCCCACCUUUAACUGGACAAAGGAUGGAAAACCAUUUGAUUUAUCAUCUGACCCCAGGAUAGUCACAACUAACAACUCUGGAACUUUUGUGAUCCAAAACCGGGGAAUCAUCAACAAUUUCCAAGGGAAAUAUCGCUGCUUUGCUUCCAACGUGCUGGGAACUGCCAUGUCAGAGGAAAUUGAGCUGAUUGUUCCAAGUGUACCAAAAUUCCCCAAAGAGAAAAUCGAGCCUCUGGAUGUGGAGCAUGGAGAUUCUGUGAUCCUGCACUGCAACCCCCCAAAAGGCAUCCCCCCUUUGCAUAUCUACUGGAUGAAUAUUGAUUUGCAGCACAUCCCACAGGAUGAGAGGGUCUCCAUGAGCCUGAAGGGAGAUCUCUACUUUGCCAACGUGGAGGAGAGUGACAGCAGGAGUGACUAUUGCUGCUUUGCAGCCUUCCCCAGGCUCAGGACCAUCGUGCAGAAGAUGCCCAUGACUCUCAAGGUUUCCCGCUUAAAGCAUGCUAAUGACUCAGGCUCACCUAACGCUGCUGUUACUAAGGCAAAUUUUAUCAAGGAAAGGAAGCCCAAACUGCUGAUCCCUCCUGAAUCUGCUGGCAGUAGCUCAUCAGUCACUGUCAUCAAGGGAGGUGUCCUGCUCCUCGAGUGCAUUGCUGAAGGGCUCCCAACUCCUCAUCUCAGCUGGGUCAAGGUGACAGGAAACAUGCCCAAGGAUGAGCCAGAGACAGAGAAUUUUGGCAAGACCCUGAAGAUUGACCAAGUGACAGCAGCUGAUGAGGGGAAGUACGAGUGCACGGCCAGCAACCCCAUGGGCAGCGCCAAGCACGAGUUCCACGUGCAUGUGGAAGAGCCUCCCCAGUGGCUGAAGAAGCCCGAGGGUGGGGUCUACAGCGUGGGGACAAACCUGGUGCUGCUGUGCGAGGCCAUCGGGAACCCCGAGCCCAGCAUCCAGUGGAAGCUCAACGGGAGGCCCAUCGAUGGCAGGACCUUCCGAGGGAGAAUCUCCACCAGGGAGAUCAGCCUGACCAACCUGCAGCUGCAGGACAGCGCCGUGUUCCAGUGCGAGGCCACCAACAAGCACGGCACCAUCCUGGCCAGCGCCAACGUCAACGUGCUCAAUAUUGCCCCCCUGAUACUGACCCCAGAUGAGGAAAACUACGCCACAGUCGUGGGUUACAGCGCCUUCCUGCACUGUGACAUCUUUGCCUCACCUGCAGCAGAUGUCAGAUGGACUAAGGAUGACAGCAUAGAGCCCCUUUCAACGUUUCGCUACGAGGUGAACAAGAACGGCACCCUGGAGAUCAGGAACACAAAGAAGGAGGAUUCGGGGUCCUACGCCUGCUGGGCUGCCAAUUCUGUGGGGAAAAGAGCAAUCACUGCUAAUCUGGAUAUAAGAGAUGCUACAAAACUUGUUGUUACUCCGAAGAACCCCCGAGUGCUGAAAUCACAUUCCAUUUUAUUGAAAUGCCAGGCUGAGUAUGAUUCCCACUUGAAACACAGUUUUAAAUUAUCCUGGAGGAAGGAUGGAGAUGAGCUGCCAGUCAACAGCACAGAAGGUGGCAGGAUAAUUCUGGACAGGGAUACCCUGUUCAUAUCCAGUGUUCUCCUGGAGGAUCAGGGAGUUUACAAGUGUGUGGCCAGCACUGCCCUGGACGCUGCUGAGGCAGAGGCACAGCUGAUUGUUCUGGAUGUUCCUGACCCACCAGAAGAUCUCCAGCUCUCGGAAAACCAAAACCGGAGCGUCCGACUCUCCUGGAAAGCUGGGGCCAGCCAUAACAGCCCUGUGAAUGAGUCAAUUAUAGAGUUUGAAGAGAAUCACUGGGAGCCGGAGAUGUGGCAAGAGCUCAUCAGAGUGCCAGGGAAUGACACCACAGCCCUGCUGCCCCUGUCCCCAUACGUGAAUUACCAGUUCCGCGUGGUGUCCGUCAAUGGCGUGGGCAGGAGCCAGCCCAGCAAACCAUCCCUGCGCUAUGCGACCCCUCCAGCCGCUCCAGAUAAAAACCCAGAGAACAUCCGAGUUGAAGCUUCUGAACCCAAUGAAAUGGUGAUGAAAUGGGAGCCACUGAAGCCCAUGGAGAGGAACGGGCCGGGGCUGGAGUACAAGGUCAGCUGGAGGCAGCGGGGUGUGGAGACGGACUGGAACGAGGAGCUGGUGAAGAAGCACUCCCUGAGCGUGCGGAACGUGCCCACCUUCGUGCCCUACGAGAUCAAAGUCCAGGCUGUGAACAAUUUAGGAUCUGGCCCGGAACCAAACAUCACCAUUGGAUAUUCAGGAGAGGACGUUCCAGAUGCUGCUCCUGCGCGCGUGUCGGUGGAAGUCAUCAACAGCACCCUGGUCGAAGUCUUCUGGUCGGGGAUACCAAGGGACAGAGUUCGUGGGCACUUAGGAGGCUACAAGGUGAACUGGUGGAAAACAAGAAGCAUGCUGGAUGGAAAGAGGCAUCACCCAGAGAAACACUUCCUGACAUUUGUAGGAGAGAGGACCUCUGGGAUGAUUCCUGGCCUGGAUCCCUUCAGUGAAUUCCGCUUGACAGUUUCGGCUUUCACCUCCAGAGGAGACGGCCCUGAGAGCUCCCCUGUGUUUUUUGAAACUCCAGAAGGAGUCCCUGAACAACCACGUUUUCUCAGGAUCCUGAGCUUUGACAAGGACUCAGUCACUCUGUCCUGGGGGCUUCCCAAGAAGGCCAAUGGUCACCUCACUGGCUACAUUCUGCAGUACCAGAUAAUCAACGAGACGCACGAGGUGGGCGCCCUGAGCAAUGUGAGCGUGGCCAACCGCUCAGCGCUGAGCUGGCACCUGGCAGGGCUCAGCCCCAGCACCAAGUACAAGUUCUACAUCAAAGCCUGCACGGCCAAGGGCUGCGGGAAGGCGGCCACCGAGGAGGGGCUGACGCUGGCCCAAGGCAGUAAAGGCAGCGGCAGGAUUUCAGACGCGGUAAAGCCCACCCCAAAGUUUCAGCCCAGCGAGGCCCUUGAGCCUGGCACUGAGUACACAAUCCGCCUAGUGACUAAGAACUGGGUGGAUAACAAUAGCAUUUUUGAAGAUGUAAUUGAGACCAGGGGGAGAGCCUACGCUGGCAUUUACGAGGGGAUUUCCACCCAGGGCUGGUUCAUCGGGCUGAUGUGUGCCAUUGCCUUGCUCACCCUGCUGCUGCUGACAAUUUGCUUUGUCAGAAGAAAUAAAGGAGGCAAAUAUUCAGUGAAAGAAAAAGAAGAUUUGCAUCCAGAUCCCGAAGCUCAAUCAAUAAAAGAUGAAAUCUUUGGGGAAUAUAGUGACAGCGAUGAAAAGCCGCUGAAAGGCAGCCUCCAGUCACUUAACGGGGACAUUAAAGCCACUGGAAGUGCUGAUAGUCUGGUAGAUUAUGGAGAAGGGGAGCAUGGCAUGUUCAAUGAAGAUGGUUCAUUUAUUGGAGCUUAUUCUGGAUCUAAGGAAAAAGGAUCAGUGGAAAGCACUGGGAGUUCUACGGCGACUUUUCCUCUCCACGCCUAAAAUUGGUGUUUAAUUGUGGUGUUGUCCUGGUUAGCUCCCCACAGUUACCUGUGUGCUGGGGAGCUGGGUGCCAGUUGAGCCAGCCAGGAAAACCCUGACAUCCAGGUAAUACAAAAACAAGUCACUGCCACUAAAAUAUGAGUUUUCCAUCCUAAUUUCUAUGUGUUCUCUUCUGAAUAAAACAGAGUGAUUCUUUUUUCUACACGAUGUGUUAGUCUGAGCAGAGUUUGCUCUGGUGGUACAUCUGUGUCCUUGCCUGCUGCUCCAGGUUGGAAUAUGUUUCUCUGUAAGUAUUUUUGCCCUGUAUGGCUGUUGUCACAGGUGUGUGUGUAAAAUUCCCUCAUGGCCUUGGUUACAACCUCGAGGUUAUGGCACCAACAAAACCAGGUUACUCUGCAAAGUGACACAACAAGGAAAAUUAGGAUUUAAAAUACCAGAGAAAUAUAUUCUAUAUAUUGUAUAAUUUUUUCCAAAAGAAUUAAACCCCUUCGUGUAUGAUAUUAAAAAAAAAAAUGUUUUAGUGGUUACAGCUGACGUCAAUUCCAAUACUUAGAAAUGCAGCUUUACCCACAGGAGAGUGUGGGUGAAGCUGCUGCCCAGUAGCUGGCACUAUUUCCUUAAAUAAGUUAAGCUGCAGCUCUUUCCUGUGGCAAGGCAAAACAGGGUUCCCAUCCACCAUCACUCGAAAUAUUUUUAAUUUUUCCCAGCUGCAAGCUGCAUUUCUAAGCAAACUCCUUGGUGUCUGUCUCAUAUCUGUAUAUUUGUGAGCUAGCCAACAUUUCAUGGAGACGUUGUACAUACGAUAUUAAUAUUGACACAAGUCCAGAGCAGCCUGGUUUUAUUUUGAACUGAGACAUGUUGCUAGCAUGGGUCUGUAUAGCUGUGUAGGAAUGAGUAGAUUUGCUUCUCAAUAUGGAUUUGGACCAGCAGAAUUAGUUUCCAGAAGGAGUUGUGUGUAUAGGAAUCAUCCAAACCUCUCACCAUCCAAGCAGCACCUAAACUAGACCUACCUGAAUUUCAAGACUUCAUUUCUUUUCAGCCUAUUCACUGUUAAAUAAACAAAAAACAACAAAAGCAAAGAGAAAAUAUUAUGGUAGAGUUUGCA